GGACGUAGAGCCGCCAAAUGUCUGACACUUCUCGUAGGAAUAUGGCUCUAUCUGCAUCGGUUCCAGUCAAGCCCCACUCUUCUAACGAGAUCUCGCCACAGAUUCCGCGUGUUAUUCGCCGCCAAGCACCACUUAUUGUCGGAGGAAUCGCUGUUACUCAUUUGAUUUAUUUGAUCUUAUUCUACAUUUACCGAGAUUUUUCCUCUCUUUUUGGACUGCCGACGCCUUCAGAAGAGUUUUGCAAUGGCCAGGAUAACACCAAAUGCGGUCGACCCGAUUUGUUUGCCUUUCAGGUUGUGAGCGGCCUUAGCUUUCUACCUAUGUCUUUUAUCGGGAUAUAUUCUUGGCACAUCUCAGGCCGUGCACACAAAGCAAUACCCGAUACACCGGAAGGACGUAUUUAUGGAUAUUUACCAGAAGUGGAGUACAUGGUUGUGUCCAAUCUCGUCUAUCAGAUAUGGGAUUUUCUCGUUUCCUUGACGAUUCCGGAACACUGCACCCCUAUUAUGAUGACGCAUCAUGUGGUGGCGGCCAUCGUUUGCUAUACUGCUCUGGACGGAUUUAUGCUGGGCCGAUAUUCGAUUUUCUUCAUGGGUUUAUCCGAAGUGAGUUCCAUUUUUUUGGUGCUGCUCGAUUUUACAAAAUACUUUCAUCCGAUGCCGGGAUCGUCCUUGGAAUUUCUGGUAGACCAAGUCGCUGGCCCUUUGUUCGUUUUCUGCUUUAUCCUGUACCGGGUAAUUUUGUGGUGGCCGACAAGCUACAGCUUAUUGAAGGACGUUCGAUCUGUGGUAGCCUCAGGUCGAGCUGAACAACUACGGCCGGGGCGUACGUGGAUGCUCUAUCUCAUCCUCUCCAUCAACUUUCCCCUUGGACUGCUGCAAUUAUACUGGCUCACAACGAUUCUGGAGGAAGCUAGGAAGGUUGUCUUUGGCGAACAAAUUGCUUAGUUGCAGGGUGUUGGUCAUCUGGUAUACAGUACAACUGCAACAAUGCGGCACAACCUUCAAAAGUGGGGCUGCAUCGGAAGAUGCGGGAUCGCGUAGCUAUGACAUGAAUAAAUUUCACACCUAACCCUACACAUCAUCAAAAAGCUCGAGGCUGCAUUGCAUUACUGUUACAGU